AUGAAUGAUAAUUUGAAUGAUCUGGUAAAUCUCGGUGACGACGACGAGGUUGAACAAAUGGAUGAUAUGGAUGGGUUUGUAAGUGAAAAUAUUGAUUCAAUGAGAAACGAAGACAAAUUUAUAAAAAGCGAAUUUAGACAUGAUGUGAUAUUACUUACUGGCAGUAUAUCCGAUGGAACACUUCCACAUUUUGUUAAUAUUCAGUUUCAUAAAAAAGUGUUUGUAGUGCAAAUAUCAAUUUGGGUUGAUUAUAAAAAUGAUGAAAGCUAUACACCAAAUAGAAUAACUGUUAGAGCAGGCACACACUUUGGAGAUCUUCAGGAUUUACGAACGGUUGAAUUGGAUAGGCCUUGUGGUUGGAUUGAUAUACAAAUAAGUGGUGAUGAAAUAUUAAGGAUUAAACAACAAUUCAAAUUAAAUACAAAUUAUGAGGAUGACUCUGAUGAAGAAUUAAUAACUUUUCCGGCUACAGAAUCUUUUCCUGUCGUAAGAUGA